UGACAAGCGGCCGCCGGCGGGGUCAGAGUUGGUUGCUCUCUUCAGACACUUUUUGUUCCUUUGCAGUUAAGACAAGCAAAAGAAGAAGAAGGAGAAUUACAACGCCAUGGCUCCUACAAUAUAUGAGAGUUCAACAACAAAAGGUAGUGGCCCUAGCAGACCUGCCCUAGAGGCUGAGCUCAGGGAGCUGUUGGGGAAGAGGAUCAUGAUACUAGAUGGAGGGAUGGGCACCAUGAUCCAGGAGAGGCGAUUGGAGGAGGAGCACUUCAGGGGGGAGGAGUUUAAAGACCACACCCACAGCCUGAAGGGCAACAACGACCUGCUGAGCAUCACACAGAGUGACGUCAUCUACAAUAUACACAAGGAAUACCUGCUGGCCGGGGCAGACAUCAUUGAGACCAACACUUUCAGUAGCACCUGUAUCGCCCAGGCCGACUACGGACUGGAACACUUGGCUUAUCGUAUGAACAAGGUGUCAGCAGAAAUAGCCAGGAAAGCAGCAGAUGACAUCACCAACCAGACAGGUUGUAAGAGAUACGUGGCGGGCGCCGUGGGCCCCACCAAUAAAACCCUGUCUGUGUCUCCCUCAGUGGAAAGACCAGACUUCAGGAACGUCACCUUUGAUGAGCUGGCUGAGGCCUACGCCGAGCAGGUCCGGGGUCUGUUGGAUGGAGGAGCGGAUAUUAUCAUGGUGGAGACCAUCUUUGACACGGCCAACGCCAAGGCAGCACUGUUUGCUAUCGACAAACUGUUUGAAGAGAGCUACGAACCCAGACCUAUAUUUAUAUCAGGCACCAUCGUAGACAGGAGUGGUCGAACUCUCUCAGGACAGACGGGAGAGGCCUUCGUCAUCAGUGUGUCCCAUGCCAAACCCCUCUGUAUUGGUCUUAACUGUGCCUUAGGAGCCACUGAGAUGAGGCCUUUUAUUCAGGCUAUUGGGAAAUGCACCACGGCUCACGUCUUGUGCUACCCCAACGCAGGUCUCCCCAAUACGUUCGGUGGAUACGAUGAGACCCCGGAGUUGACAGCCUCACAUUUAAAGGACUUUGCUACAGAUGGUCUGGUGAAUCUGGUUGGUGGAUGCUGUGGAACGACUCCUGCACACAUCAGGGCCAUUGCUGAGAAAGUGAAGCACUGCCAUCCCAGAGUGCCCCCUACUGAUGUCUUUCAGGACUACAUGCUACUCGCAGGUCUGGAGCCAUUCAGGAUCGGUCCGUACACUAAUUUCGUCAACAUCGGCGAGCGUUGCAACGUGGCUGGAUCAAGGAAGUUCGCCAAGCUGAUCAUGUCGGGAAACUACGAGGAGGCGUUGAGCAUAGCCAAGACCCAGGUGGAGAUGGGAGCCCAGGUGUUGGACAUCAACAUGGACGAGGGGAUGUUGGAGGGUCCUGCCGCCAUGGCCCGGUUCUGCUGUCUCAUAUCCUCCGAGCCGGACAUCGCCAGGGUACCUCUGUGUAUAGACUCGUCUAACUUCCAGGUGAUCAAGGCGGGACUGAAGUGUUGUCAGGGGAAGUGUAUCGUGAACAGCAUCAGUCUGAAGGAAGGAGAAGAGGAGUUUCUCCAGAGAGCUACGACUGUCAGACGCUACGGGGCUGCCGUGGUGGUUAUGGCCUUCGACGAGGAGGGUCAGGCUACCGACACAGAGCGCAAGGUCGACAUCUGCAGCAGAGCCUAUCGUCUCCUAGUAACUCAAGUGGGCUUUGACCCCAACGACAUCAUCUUUGACCCCAACAUCCUGACCAUCGGCACGGGCAUGGAGGAACACAGCGAGUACGCCAUCAACUUCAUCAGAGCCACCAGGCUCAUUAAGGAGUCGUUACCUGGGGUCAGGAGUCGAGGAUCCCUCUCCAACCUGUCGUUCUCCUUCAGAGGCAUGGAGGUCAUCAGAGAGGCCAUGCAUGGAGCCUUCCUGUACCACGCCAUCAAGGACGGUAUGGACAUGGGCAUAGUGAACGCUGGCAGCCUGCCUGUCUAUGAUGAUAUCGACAAGGAGCUCCUGCUCAUGUGUGAGAACCUUAUCUGGAACAAAGACCCGGAGGCCACAGAGAAACUACUGCUGUACGCACAGGUAUAUGGUACAACUGGAGGGAUACUGGUCCAGACGGAUGGCUGGAGUAUGGGCUCAUCAAGGUUGGUAGGAGAGAGGCUGGAGUAUGGGCUCAUCAAGGGUAUAGAUAAGUAUGUGGUAGAGGACACAGAGGAGGCGAGGUCCCAGGCUGAGCUCUAUCCGAGGCCCCUACACGUCAUCGAGGGGCUGAUGAACGGCAUGAAGGUGGUGGGAGACCUGUUUGGAGCUGGGAAAAUGUUCCUACCUCAGGUGAUAAAGUCAGCACGUGUGAUGAAGAAGGCUGUCGCCCACCAUCCCUUCAUGGAGAAGGAGAGAGAGGCCAUGCUACUGGCAUCAGGAUCAGUAGAGGAGAUUGACCCCUACCAGGGAACCAUUCUGUUGGCCACAGUGAAGGGAGAUGUCAUCAUCGGAAAGAACAUUGUAGGAGUGGUGCUGGGCUGCAACAACUUCAGAGUGAUCGAUCUGGGGGUCAUGAUUCCAUGCGACAGGAUAUUGAGGGAAGCCAUCGACUGCAAAGCAGACAUCAUCGGUCUGUCUGGCCUCAUCACGCCCUCGCUGGAUGAGAUGAUCUACGUUGCCAAGGAGAUGGAGCGGCUUGGGAUGAAGACCCCACUGCUGAUCGGAGGGGCCACCACCUCCAAGACCCACACGGCAGUGAAGAUCGCUCCCCGUUACAGCUGUCCUGUGGUGCAUGUUCUGGAUGCUUCCAGGAGUGUGGUGGUGGAGAGGCGCUUCCUGUCUCUAGCCCAGGCCAGGGAGAAAGGACUCCAUGUGGAUUGGCUUUCUCAGGCCAAACCAGUGUGUCCUCAGUUCCUGGGUACCCGUGUGUUUGAGGGGUAUGACCUGCGGAGGCUGGUGGACUACAUCGACUGGAAGCCUUUCUUUGACGUGUGGCAGCUGAGAGGGAAGUACCCUAACAGAGGAUACCCCAAGAUCUUCAAGGACAAAACCGUGGGUGAGGAGGCUCGGAGGGUGUUUGACGAUGCCCAGCGGCUCCUCAACAGACUGAUAGAUAAUAAGGGUCUCUGGGGGCGUGGCCUGGUGGGCUUCUGGCCCGCCCAGAGUGUAGGAGACGACAUCCAGGUGUACGAACAUGACGUUACACCCCGCUCCCCCACGCCCCUCGCCACCUUCUAUGGACUACGCCAACAGGCAGAGAAGGACAGUGCCAGCUCAGACCCCUACUACUGCCUGUCCGACUUCGUGGCCCCGAGGACCAGCCGUGUGUCUGACUACAUGGGGAUGUUUGCUGUAGCUGUGUUCGGAGCGGAGGAGCUGAGCAAACAGUUUGAGACCCAGGGAGACGACUACAACAGUAUCAUGGUGAAGGCUCUGGCUGACCGCCUGGCUGAG